CAAACAUUUUCUUUGAUUAUUAAAUAUAAAGAUUUCCCUAUGUACUAUAUAGAGAAUUAUAUUUGGGGAAAAAUAUUUAACUGUAUUAAUUACUAUCCCGUCAAUUUGAAUGAAAAUCUGUCCACAAUAUUUAUAUAAUUCGCGCUCUGUUAUAAUUUUUUAAAUAAACAAAUAAUAAUGAUGAGGGAUAAUUGUUCAAAUUCAAACGUCAGCGCCACUUGGCGGGAACUAAUUUCUCCGAAAUUUCCCACUCCCUGCAGUUCUCCCGCGCCGAGAACAGCUGAGCACGUGUCUCACUCGUUGUCACACAAUUUUCGGAGUUUUCCGCGGUAAAUACACGGUAUAAAUAAAUAAUAGAAGUCCACGAGCAGGAGUGAAUGUGUUAUUGUCGUAGGAGAUAUCAAUUUGUGGAGGAAUACCGCUGGAUAACUGGGGAAUAGAAGAAUUGAGCCAUGGCGAUGCUUGCAGAACCCAAGAGGAAGCAGAAAUGGACGCUCAAUCCUCGGGGAAAACACUGGAGCGAGGAUUCCAAUAAAUUCGGUCAGAAAAUGUUGGAAAAAAUGGGCUGGACGAGUGGAAAGGGCCUUGGGGCCCAUGAGCAAGGCAUGAUCGAGCAUGUGAGGGUUAAAUUCAAGGAUGAUGCAGGUGGCAUUGGCUACUCGAAAGACGAUCAAGACAAAUACUGGACGGAGCACCAGGAGAAUUUUAACGAUCUCCUGCAGAAAUUGCAGACAGGAACUGAAAACUCUGAAGAAGCUCCUAAGGAGAUUAAAAAGUCCACAGAUCUCAGCGGAAAGUCUCUGGAGAUGAAAUCAAAACAGAGUCGAGCUCGAGUGCAUUACCAGAAAUUCACUCGUGGAAAAGAUGUGAAUAAAUACAGCACCAAAGACCUAGCGAAUAUUUUCGGGAAGAGAGACCUCGAAGAGGCCCCCAAAGUCCCUGAAGUCCUCGAUGCCUCUUCCUCGGAACCUCCAACACCGAUCGGUGCAACGGACACCACUGGGGGAGUCCUCACAGUCAAGGGUGGCAGUAUGAGUGAUUACUUUAAAUCUAAAUUCCCAAAUUUCCAGCUUACUCCAAAAAAAUCGCAAAGAGACGAAGAAAAAUCGUCUGAGAGUGAAUCCGAAAGGUACGUGGGAUUUGGUUUCUCGUCUCCAUCGAUAGCUUCGAUAUUUUCUCUGGAGAAAUCAAAAUUAAAUCACGAACCUGUCGAAAAUAAAACACCAAUGAAACGUAAAUCUGAGUUUUACGUUGAAACUCCAAAUUCGUCGUUGAAAACUGAUGAAAUUCAGCACAGAUCGAAAAAAUUGAAAGCAUCAGACGAUUCUGUCAAUCAGAAACUAGAAUUUCACUCUCCAGAUCGAGAAAGGUCUGAAAAGAAAGGGAAAACUGAAAGCGAAAAUUAUUCUGAGACUUCAAAUAAUAUUCCGGUAGGGAAAUUAGGGAGAACUGAGGAAAGGAAAUCGAAGAAAAAGAAGAAAAAGGAAAAAUCAAACUCUGAAACCUUGCAAAUCCAAGAGACUCCAGAGAAUUCCGUGGAAGUCCCGGAAUCCUCUUCUCCCAAAAAGUCGAAAAAAAAGAAGAAAAAGGAGAUGGAGCCAGUGGAGUGCAUUCCGCAGAGCCCUCCCCCUGCGAUUCCUUCGCUAAAUUCUCUGGAGCCUCCAAAAAAGCCCCCGAGAACUUUCCUAAGGCCUCCAGGACUCCCCCUGGAGUGUCCAGGCCCUUCGACCCCAGAGACACCAAAAAAAUCCAAGAAACUUUCAAAAAAAAAUCCUGAUGUCGAAAAAUCCUCAUCUGAGUCCCAAGAAAAGCCUGAAACAUCAAUUACUGAGCCUCCAGUUCUGGACCAGGAGUCUCUAGCCUCUGAAAUUCCCUCAGAGACUCCAAAGAAGUCGAAAAAAUCGAAGAAAAAAAAUCACGAGCACGAGAAAAAUCACUCUGAACCCCAGAAAUUUGUUUUUGAAAAUCCAGGACUUGAUCUGGAGUCUCCAGAGCCUGAAACUACUCCAGUGGAGGUGGGAAUUAACUCUCAGGGCCUGAAGAAGACGAAGAAAAGGAAAACAGAUAAUUUCGAGGGUUUUAUCAAUCCAGCUCUCAAUUUAGACUCGAAAAUCGAAGAAAAUCCUAGUUUCUCGAGCAAUUUUGAGGUUUCCAGACAACCUGGAGUCUCCAAUGAUGCCCUGGACCUCUCUGACGAGUGUUCCAACAAGAAAAGAGUGACAUUCAACGAUGAAAUCGAGUACAACACCGAUUUAUCCAAGAAAAAGAAGAAAACCAAGCGAAAAUUGGAUAAGUUCGAGGUCGACAAUGAAAAAUUGAAAAAGAAAAAAAUAAAAAAGGAAGUGACGGGGUACGUGAAUCCUGUUCUCGAGGAAGAGGAUGUCAGUGAGGAAAUUAUUGACAAUGAGGAGAACGAGAGGAAGAGUCAAAAGAGUCUGAGGAAGAGGAAGAGACGAAUUUCUAAUCUGGAGACUAUCGAGGAAAUUCCUGAGGAGGAGGGCAAGGGGGAGGAGGCAACUGAACACAUUCCCAGGAAAAAGAGCCGGAAGAGGGGAGGAGAGGGAAAUUCCCAGAAUUUUAAAGAAAAUUUUGCAGGGCAGGGGGAAAUUAACAAGGGGGAGAAAAAAUUGGAGCUGGGGCAGGAGGUGAAGGUCGAUGUACUCCAGCAGAAUAAUUCUGGACAGUUUUUUAGUCCUCGGGAGGGGCCAGAUGAUAGACGCAAGAGGAAACUCAAAUCUCUUUUCAUGAAGAGCCCAGUCUUGCAGUUUCAGGGAUCCAAUAUUAAUGACAUCAAGGGAUAUGGACUGCAGAUGUGACCGGGAAUUUGAAUGGAGUGUUAAUUAGUGUAAGAGUGGUAAACAUCGGGAUUU